GCUCUCUCUCUCUGUUCCCCUCCAUCAUCACCGCUACACCCCGCAUGCAUGCCCGCCUACUGACUCUCAUCCCCACUCUCCACCUCCCCACUGCCUGGCUGCUCCUCGUCCCCACUCUCUCUCUCUCCCCCUCUCUGUCUACCCGCUCCUCGUCCCCACCCCCUUCCUCGCCGGCUCCCGGGAACAAAGCUCGGGCGGCAGGGCCCCGGGUUGUCGCUCCGCGGCUCCACUGGUUUAAAGCCCUCGUUCAUUAUCUCCCUCCCCUCUCCGUCCACCCCCCUCCCUCCUCCCAGAGCAGAGGGAGCGAGCAAGCGAGCGAGCCAGAGCGAGAAAGAGGGAACGGCGGCCGAUGUGUCUGCGUGAGUGCAGGGCGAGGGGGAGACAGAGAGGGAUCGCAGCCACAGCUGCCUCCGCGCGUCUGGACCUGACACUAUUCCGAGGGACUAACAUGCACGUGACUGAGGAUGUGAUGUUGCCCACCUAGGAUCAGCGUUGCUGCCCCACCCCAACCUUCCCCCAGGAUGCUGGGAAUCUGCAGAGGGCGCAGGAAGUUCCUCGCAGCCACGCUCUCCAUCCUCUUCGUGCCAGCAUUCACCUGGAUUUACCUCUUCUCCGGCUCGUUCAAAGAUGAGAAGCCGGUCGCAUUGACUCCUUACGAAGCCCCUGCGAAUAGCCCUCGGUAUGUGUUCAACCAGAGAGAGCGGGAAUCCCUGGAGGUGCGCGUGCGAGAGGUCGAGGAAGAAAACCAGGCCCUUCGUAAGCAGCUCAGCCUUGCCCAGAACAGAGUCCAUCACCAUAGAAACCAUUCCAAAAGCUACUCCACGGAGGAAGGCACCGGAGACAACGAGGGGGUCCAUGCCGUGACGUGGAACAGCUCGGAGUGUGGCAGACAUCCCACUGUAGAAAAGUGCGAGACAAUCCACAUCGCAAUUGUGUGUGCAGGAUAUAAUGCAAGCCGUGAUGUUGUGACACUUGUGAAGUCUGUUCUAUUUCACCGGCGAAACCCUUUGCAUUUCCAUUUCAUUACCGAUGCUAUUGCCAAGCAGAUCCUGGGCUAUCUCUUUGAGACGUGGAUGGUGCCAGCAGUGACCGUCAACUUUUAUGAUGCUGAUGAAUUGAAGCCAGAGGUUUCGUGGAUUCCAAACAAGCAUUACUCAGGGAUAUACGGGCUGAUGAAGCUGGUCCUCACCAAGACUCUGCCUGCCACUCUGGAACGGGUCAUUGUGCUGGACACCGACAUCACCUUUGCCACCGAUAUUGCCGAACUUUGGGCUGUGCUGCACAAGUUCAAAGGACAGCAAGUCCUUGGCUUGGUGGAGAACCAGAGCGACUGGUACCUUGGGAACCUGUGGAAGAAUCACAGACCUUGGCCAGCGUUGAGUCGAGGCUACAAUACAGGUGUUAUCCUGCUACUGUUGGACAAGCUGAGGAAGAUGAAAUGGGAACAGAUGUGGCGUCUGACAGCAGAGCGCGAAUUGAUGAACAUGUUGUCCACUUCACUUGCUGAUCAGGACAUCUUCAAUGCCGUCAUCAAGCAGAAUCCUUUCCUGGUGUACCAGCUUCCAUGCUUCUGGAACGUUCAGCUGUCCGAUCACACACGCUCCGAGCAGUGCUACAAGGACGUGUCAGAUCUCAAGGUGAUCCAUUGGAAUUCUCCCAAGAAACUGCGAGUGAAGAACAAGCAUGUGGAAUUCUUCCGGAACCUUUACCUGACGUUCCUUGAAUACGACGGGAAUCUCCUGCGGCGGGAGCUGUUCGGAUGCCCCAGUGAGAUCGACAAGAACAGUCUGAAUCUUCAGAAGCAGUUACUGGAGCUGGACGAAGAUGAUCCCUGUUACGAGUUCCGGAGGGAACGUUUCACCGUCCAUCGCAACCAUCUCUACUUUUUGCACUAUGCGUUUGAGCCCUCCGCUGAACGCACCGAGGUCACGCUGGUGGCUCAGCUCUCCAUGGACAGGCUGCAGAUGUUGGAGGCGAUCUGCAAGCACUGGGAGGGCCCCAUCAGCCUGGCCCUCUACCUGUCCGACGCAGAGGCCCAGCAAUUCCUCCGCUAUGCCCAGGGCUCCGACGUGCUCAUGGGCAGGAGCAACGUGGGCUACCACAUCGUCUACAAGGAGGGCCAGUUCUACCCUGUCAACCUGCUGCGGAACAUCGCCAUGAAGCACGUCAACACGCCCUACAUGUUUCUCUCUGACAUCGACUUCCUGCCUAUGUACGGUCUCUAUGAGUACCUCAGGAAGUCCGUUGUCCAGCUUGAUAUGGCUCACACUAAAAAAGCUCUAAUUGUGCCAGCGUUCGAGACUCUCCGCUAUCGUCUAUCCUUCCCAAAAUCCAAAGCGGAGUUAUUGUCCAUGUUAGACGUGGGGACACUCUUCACAUUUAGGUACCAUGUUUGGACGAAGGGUCACGCUCCAACCAACUUUGCCAAGUGGCGGACAGCCACCACCCCUUAUCACGUUGACUGGGAGGCAGACUUUGAGCCUUAUGUUGUAGUAAGGCGUGACUGCCCAGAGUAUGACCGGAGGUUCGUCGGGUUUGGCUGGAAUAAAGUAGCGCAUGUCAUGGAACUGGAUGCGCAGGAAUACGAGUUUGUUGUCCUCCCCAACGCAUACAUGAUCCACAUGCCUCAUGCUCCCAGCUUUGACAUCACCAAAUUCCGCUCCAACAAGCAAUAUCGGAUCUGCCUGAAGACUUUGAAGGAGGAGUUCCAGCAGGACAUGUCCCGCCGCUAUGGGUUUGCCGCUCUCAAGUACUUGACUGCCGAGAACAACAGCUGAGACCGCGGCAAGCUGCCUCGGAACCACCUUCACUUGUAUUGCUGCGAGGAGUGAAAUGGGGCUGUCGUGUACAGCGAGACAUGCAGAAAUCGAAACCAAAAUUUACGUGUGUGCCCGCCAACUGUCAGGCUUUGGGUGGAAAGGUUGUACCGACAAGAGCUUAUUUUGAGUCCUCCAAAGGCGCUGUUGAAGUAUUCCUGUUGUUCACUAUUUAAGACCUCCCCACUGUCCCACCUCAUUUAUUGCCUUGCCCUCUCUCGGUGGGUCACCAAUGUCCAAGCAGCCCCGUGCGGAUUGAGGGCGGGAAGGUCCGGGCUUUUGUACGGAAGCCGUUCCCUGCAGCAUCUGGUGCCCGGUGACCAGAGGAGCUCCAUCCUUGAGUGCUCCCUUCAGGAGCUGACCACUUUAUUCCUGUGGCCUCAUGCACUCGCACUCUCUCUCUCUAGCAAUCACGCACGCACGCACACACACACACACGCACAUGCACGCACACACACACAUACACACACACACGCGCACAUGCACGCACACAUACACACACACACACACACACAAAACGAGAUCAGUAGAUGCAGUGGUGAGCACCAGUAACAGCUGUGCUGUUCCUAGCUCGGUCUGAUUUAGUAACAAGCAUCUUUGACAAGCUACUGCAGUGUGGGUCUCCCUCAACUGUCUUUUGCCAUCCUUAAUCCUGAAGCUUCCUGAACCAAUCUUUCCAGUUGCAUUCAGGAUCAAAGCCAUUGCCAUUGAGGUGAAGGCCCUGCUGUCUUCUGCUUAUAAAAGCAACGCCAAUGGCCUUCGAUUGUUAGAUGCCAAUUAAUGUCUGAUUAGUACGGGUGUCAGGGGCUAUGGGGAGAAGGCAGGAGAAUGGGGUUAGGAGGGAGAGAUUGAUCAGUCAUGAUUGAAUGGCGGAGUAGACUUGAUGGGCCAAAUGGCCUAAUUCCGCUCCUAUCAUUUAUAACCUUAUGAAAGCUCUUGCUCCUGGUUCGGAUCAGAAGUAAAUGCCAGUGGGGUUAAGGGUGGACGUUUCCAAUGGCAGAAUGAAGUUUACAGCUACAUUCUGAUUCCUAUUGCGUUGACAGUAGAAUUCAGAACAAAAUGGCUGAUUUAGGCUGGAGAGAGUGUGGUCCCCACAAUGAUCAGAAUACGUUUCAAUAUAAAUUAAAAAAAGGUUUUUGGUUUGUCAGUUUGUUUAAGAGGGAUUAUUAGGUCUAACCCAAGGAUAAUGCUUUGAUUUUUAUCAUCUUGAACAACUUUUAAUUAGAAGGCUGGGCUGAUUUAUAUUAUUGACCUCACUAGGAUUGGAUUAGAAUCAAAGAAAUGCCUGGGAAGUUUUUUUUGUGGCUGGGGGGAAUGUUGAAACACAAUUCCAUUCCCUAAAGAUUUAGAUUUGUGAUUUUUUGAUCAGUGAUGUGCAGGAAUGACUGAAAGUGCUGAACAUUGGUGUCUCUGAAGAGGAAGAUUAUCUCUGCUCAAAACUAAUAAUAGCUGCCGAAUUCUUUAAAUCCUUAUAAAAUAUUUCUAUACUCUCCGGAUGGGGCUAGGUAGCCACCUCUCACAGCUGAGUUUAAGUUGAAAUGUUGAUGAAAGCAGAGGUGACCUUGAUGCAUGUCAGGGAUUAUAAUGUGUUUGAAUCUACAAGAGACCAAGUGCGAGAUGGAAGUUGUUGGGGUCAGGUUACCUAGGGUGCUGAUACUAAAUUUACUUGAUUUUCCCACGUUUGAAAUUUUGUUUCGACAAAAUGUUUCAGAGAGUCAUUACAUUUACAAGAUACCCAUUGGGUGGGUUAGUAGGAAACAACCAUUGAAGUGGCUUUAUGCAAGAAAUUGGUGCAUACUGCAAUAAUGCUGCAAUGACUAAAGGCAAAGCCUAACAUUUGAAAGGAGUUUCUUCAUUAUUAUUUCUCUUGGCUCAAAUAAAUCUAUGGAGAAUGUAUAAUAGUUCCCACCAUACAAUGAGAGAUCGAUCCGGAGGAGUGGACCUUGGUUUAAUUGAUUUGGUCAUUUCUUAGUCUGCACUUCUGUCAGCCAAUCUACCCAGUUUCAGUGGACCAGCAGCUCUGGACUUCAGGAGUGUAAAUCAGACCCUUCUAAAAUUGAAAAAGUCUGAAGAAGGUGGUCUCGACCCAAAACGUCACCUAUUCCUUUUCUCCAGAGAUGCUACCCGACCCACUGAGUUACUCCAGCUUUUAGUGUCUAUCCGUUAGAAAUUGUUCAGUUUUAGUUUUUGCCUUUUUCAGUUUUUAUGAAAACUGUCCAAGUACGUCAGACCUUUCUGUUAAAGUACAGGUUGCCACGUAUUCCACAAUGGAUACAUAUUGAUGAAAGCCAUUGGUAUAACCAGCAAACAAAAGCAAUUCAGUAGUUCUUGGUGUCCCACACAACAAUCUAUCUUCCAGGUAUCUAUUUUACCAUGCCAUUCUUUAACAUUGUUUUACCUCAAGGAGAACAGGAUGGAUGAACUGUAUUUUCAUUGUUCGGUUACAUAAGCCUCAGGAUGCUUGGGUUAGAGCGCAGUAUUGUAUUGGAGGGGACAACUAAUGGAAGACCUUUGACUGUUUGGAGCAUCAAGUAGUUGGCAGGACUUUGAGCAUUAUUGAGAAUGUUGGACCUUUAACAUGAUGCGAGACCUUUUUUGACCUGUAGGAACUGCUUCUGAAAUGCUUCUCUCAUUGGGCUGUCAACAAAAGAUUAAUCAACAAUCUCUGACACAAUUGUGCCCCUUGAAAUUACCAAGAGCGCACUGUAAGAUUGGAUGGGACUUUGAUUUAUUUGACUUGUUGUAAUUAUAACAUAAAUUGGAGUAUUGCUGGGCCCAUUAUGAGACUGCUGAAUUUUCAAAUACUAUUUAAUUUAUGGACUUAUUGAAAUGAUUAGCGUAAGACUAGAAGUUUAGUGAAUGAUUGAAAUACCUUGAUAAGGACGGCUGGACCACAUAAUGUACACUUGGAUAUGUUGAGCUAUUUGGAAUAUCAUUACACUUCUGUUAUUAUUGGAGAUCGGUUAGUCCUCUUGAGAGUACUGAAAGCACCGUUGACAUGCUCCAGUACUGCUGAAAACCCAUUUAUAUCUUGGAGCACAGUUGCUGCACAGUGCUCCAGCUAGGAACACAAUGGAGGGAUAAUUGGACAGCUGGGUAUACCAUUAGAGGUUGUUGGGAUAGUUAUGAACACCAUUGGUGAACGACAGGACAGCUAGGAUCACCUUUGGUGAAUAGUUGGACACUUGGUAUACCAUGGUGGUUGGUUGGGCACCAAGUGUCACCAUUGGUGGAUGGUUGGACAUCUGGGAACCCAUUGAAUGGUUGGACAUCUGGGAACACCAUUGGUGGAUGGUCGGAUAGCUAGGAACACCAUUGGUGAGCGGCUGGACAUCUGGUGCCACCACUGGUGGAUGGUUGAAUAACUGGAACACAUUGGAGAAGGAUGGACAGCUGGAAGCCCCAUUGGUGGAUGGUGGAACCGCUAGAAUCACCAUUGGAGGAUGUUUGGAUGACCGGGAGCUGGGGGAUGAUUGGAUAGCUCAGAAGACCAUUGGAGAUGUUUGGACAGCUAGAAUCACCAGUGGAGAUGAGUGGACUACUGGGAACUCCAUUGGAGAUGGGUGGACAACUAGAGUCAGCACUGGGGGGUGAUAAACUGUUUGGAGGACUGCUCGAGUGGAAACGGAGGACAGUAGGAGGGCCUGCAGAACUGGUGGAUUAUUUCCCAUCAUUGUACAGCAGAUUUCACUCUUUACCACAAUGAGCUAAUGACUUUUCAGAGAACUGUUCAUUCAGCCGCAAAGCAGAGCUGUCUUCUGUCUUUGUCAUUGUACAAGCGACAGAGUGAUAAAUAAAAUGUAAAAAUCU